GGAGUUCUUUCGAUCCCCAUCUCAAUUGUAGGCUGUGAAAAGUGAAAUGCUUCAACACAUCAAUGCUGCAAUAAAACCAGUGCUCCCCAAUAUUGAAAACACAUAGCGUGAACACAUCCCAUUUCGAUAUUAUUCUCCCCACGAUAGGAGCUCAUUCUCUUAUCCAACACAAAAGUGUAUCAAAAUCAGUGCUGUAUUGUGUACAAAUCCCCUUCAUUCAUCAAUCCACGAAAUUAUCUCACAUAACCUGCGUACAAAUGAUGUUCUCCACGUGAUACAAAUCUAUUAUUGUAAGAUACACAAUAGUUACACCCUUCCGAUUAUAUGUCUCUCAAUAAAUUGAUCCAAGAACACAUGAAUGUCUGUAGAAAUGAUACGCAGAUUAGUAGAAAUGAUACACAGAGUGAUAACCGACUGGUUUAGUAGUUGAAAAUUGAUGAUCUACGCUCUCGGUAGCUUCUAUGCCGAUAUUAGAGUGAUAAUCCACUGUUUUAGUAGCUAAAAAGUGAUUACCUAUGUUACAAACACCUUAAAUACCAAUUUCAGAGUGAUAACAGACUGUUUUAGUAGUUAAAAAAGUGAUGAUCCAUGUUACAAACACCUUAAAUACCAAUUUCAGAGUGAUAACCGACUGGUUCAGUAUAGCUGAAAAGCGAUCAAUGAUCGAUAGUUUUGGUGUUGUGUGAAAUGAAGUGCUAGCGGUCCCCCCCCAACCAAUGGAUGACGAGGGGGGUUCGGACCCCCUGUCGCGUCUGUCCGAUCUGGCCCCGGACUCGUCGUGUUCCUCGUGGUCGGGAUCGGCCCCUGGCAGCCCCCGUGUGCCCCCCCGGGGGCCGAUGACGUCGGGUUCGGCCCCCGGCAGCCCUCGUGUGCCCCCCCGACGGCACCGGCCCCCGCCACCCUCCGAGGGCGAGGAAGAGGAGGAGGAGGAUGUCGACUGGCAGGACCGCUGCGUGCAGCUGCAGCUGGAGCUGCAUCGGUGCAGACACCAGGCGACAAGGGCCAGGGAGAUGCUCAAACAAAAGGUAAGGUUACCCACUGUUUAUUAAGUCUUCCUUUAUUUAGAUUGACGCUUG